GAUAGAAAAUGAGUGUCUCAGAGAAAGAAUGAAAUUCAGAUUGUGUGCAGAGAGCCGAGGGGGCUGCGGGGCGAACUACUUGAAGCAAAAGUAUUCUAAGCGCCAAUAAAGCAAGUAGCAUGUACUUGACAAGGACCCAAAGGGAAAGAGAGAGGGAGAGAAGCAGCUGUUGGAGGAGGAGGAGUGAGACAAAGAAGGAGCAGGGGGCUGUCCUUACUUGCUCUUCAGUGUGAGAACUGUAUGUGGGAGGAGGCGGAGGGAGAGCAGGAGAAAGAAGAGGACAAGAAAGGAAAAGAGCAAGCAGGGAGUAAGCAGUAUGUUUGGUGUGUAAGGAGAUAAACAUACAUCUGAAAGUGUGUGAGUGCUUUGCAUAGUUGCAGGCAGUCUCUUCUCCAGCGUCCUCUCCUCUACUCCUGUGCUGCACAACUUGGGCUGAGGGACCAUGCAGCAGGGGUGGACUCUUCCCUGGCUUGCUUCACUCCUACUAGGGCUGAUGGGGCUCCUGGUGUGCAGCUCAGACUUCCAGCAUCACCGCUACGAGGACAUGGUGCGAGCCCUGUUUGCGGUGCAGAGCGAGUGCCCCUACAUCACCCGCAUUUACAGCAUCGGGCGCAGUGUAGAGGGGCGCCACCUCUACGUGCUGGAGUUCAGUGAUAACCCGGGCAUCCAUGAAGCAUUGGAACCGGAGUUCAAGUACGUGGGCAACAUGCAUGGCAACGAAGUGCUCGGCCGUGAGCUGCUCAUUAAGUUCUCCCAGUUUCUAUGCGAGGAGUAUCGGGUCGGAAACCAGCGAAUCAUGAGGCUGAUCCAUGACACGCGCAUCCACAUCCUGCCCUCCAUGAACCCUGAUGGCUACGAGGUGGCUGCCAGACAGGGUCCAGAGUUCAAUGGCUACCUGGUGGGUCGAGGGAACUCCAGAGAAAUCGAUCUGAACCGUAACUUUCCAGACCUGAAUGCACUCAUGUACUAUUACGAGAAGACCAACGGACAAAACCACCACCUGCCCCUGCCGGACAACUGGGAGCAGCAGGUUGAACCAGAGACUUUGGCAGUCAUAAAAUGGAUGCAAAACUACAAUUUUGUCCUGUCAGCCAACCUCCACGGGGGAGCUGUGGUAGCCAAUUACCCCUUCGACAGGUCAAGAGAUCCUCGCAUUCGAGGGAGGACCACGUAUGCAGCCACUCCCGAUGACAAAAUCUUCAGAAAGUUGGCGAGGACUUACUCGUACGCUCACAGCUGGAUGCACAAGGGUUGGAACUGUGGGGACUUCUUUGACGAGGGGAUCACCAACGGGGCAAGCUGGUACUCUCUGUCCAAAGGCAUGCAGGACUUCAACUACCUGUACAGCAACUGUUUUGAGAUCACCCUGGAGCUGAGCUGUGAUAAGUUUCCACCAGCGUCAGCACUGGCCAGAGAAUGGCUGGGCAACCGAGAAGCACUGGUUUCAUACCUCGAACAGGUGCAUCAUGGUGUAAAAGGCAUGGUGUAUGAUGAAAACAACAACCCUAUCGGCAACGCUGAGAUCUCAGUGGCUGGCAUCAACCACGAUGUGACCAGCGGAGUGGAUGGCGACUAUUUCAGACUCCUGUUACCAGGUACCUACACUGUGACAGCAUCUGCCCCAGGUUACCUUACCUCCACCAGUACUGUGACAGUGGGACCAGCUGAGGCCAUACAGCUUCAUUUUUACUUGAAAACAGCACCAAAACAAAACUUGAAAGUGAAGCCCCAUAAUGGCAAGAAGAACCUCUCAUCUCCCAAGGCCCCCUUAAAACUCGGCCCUAGAUGAGACAUGGACAAUAAUUUAGACAACACACAAACAUAUAUAUACACAUAUACUGAAAAUCCCACAUGAAACAUACACACAAGCACACACACAUACACACACACACAUUAUGGAAAUGAUAAUUGACCAUAAUAUAUGUAUGUAAUUUUACCUUUGUAGUCCUAUGAUUAUAUAUUUCAAACAUUUGUGUUUUUGUUGAUAAAUAUAUACUGUGUUUCUGGUGUAUUUAAGUAACAGUGUUGAUUUGUAUGAACACGGCUAUCCUGUAUUUGUAAAGGCCUUUUUGGUUACUAUAAUUUGCUGAAAAUUGAAAGUGAAAAUAAAAGAAUUUUUUUGCUGUCAUUA